UUCUCUUUCACCUUCAGCUGGACCCCGCCCCUGGCCCGCUCGUCAGGCACCCAAGCACCCCACGCGACGCGGCACUUCCACAAGGUGGAUAGCGAACCCACAGCACGUCUCCAUCUCUGGUUUGACCGCCGCCGCCGCCGCCCUACGCGGCUACGCCAGGCGCCGAGGCCUUCGUCGGCAUUUUCGUCGGCAAGCACUCACCAGGUACUCCCAUGCCUUCUCUUCCCUUCCUGCUUUGCGAGUCCCAGCGCCAAACACCCAAACCCUAACUAUUUGGCUAUUGGCUAUUUGAUGCCUACUACGAACAUUUUGGCAAAAGAAAAAGCAGGUAUUCAGCCAUGGUUUUUCUUGAGGCAGAGAUGUCAUGGAAUGUGUUGAUCUCACCUAGCCAGCUGGACCGCAAGGGCCUCCUGCUCCGCAAGGCUAUCAUUGUGCGUCUUCUGGAGGAUGUCACAAACAGGAGGGCUUCGAAAGAGCAUGGCUACUACAUUGCUGUUAAUCAGCUGAAGGCAAUAUCUGAAGGGAAAGUGCGUGAGCUAACUGGAGAUGUUCUGUUCCCAGUUUCAUUUACUUGCAUUACACAGAAGCCUAUGAAGGGAGAGGUCAUGGUUGGGCACGUGGACAGGAUCCUCAAGCAUGGCGUGUUCCUCAAAUCCGGACCCGUGGAGAGCAUCUUCCUGGCUGAGAAGUCGAUGAGUAAUUACAAGUACAUAGGUGGGGAGAAUGCGAUGUUCAUGAACGACCACUCGAAGCUGGAGAAGGACACCGCCGUGCGCUUCAAGGUCCUAGGGUUCCGCUGGAUGGAGGCUGACCGCCAAUUCCAGCUCCUUGCUACGAUCGCUGGUGACUUCCUUGGGCCGCUGUGAACUGCUUCCACAGGUCAAACAGGUUCUAAUGUACAUUGCUCGUUAGAUGGUGGAUGGAUGGUUGGAUCUGAUGUGUAGAAUUAAACUUUGCUACCAGUGGUUUGGUCUUGUAGAACCUGAGACAUGGUAGGUUUUCUAGAUGCUGUUGCCAGUGAUAUUUAGCUCUGGUUUGAACGUAUCAGUGUACCUGUAUGAUGAACAAGCGUUGUCAUGGAUGUACCUUUUCUAUGCUUGCUUGGAAGUUAACGUUACAUGGUGUUCCCUGA